AUGGCGUCAAAUCACCAAACCAUAAACUCCGCAGAAGACCCCUUCGACUCCCUCCUCCACCUCGAAACCCAGUUCUACACCGAAGGUUACAACCAAGGCGCCGCCGAUGGAGUCCUCGCCGGUCGCGCCGAGGGAAGACAGCUGGGUCUGGAAAAGGGCUACCAGAAAUUUCUCGAGGCGGGAAGGUUGUACGGAAGGGCGUUAGUCUGGGCCAAUCGACUGCCCAACCGUUCUUCUUCGCCACCGUCAAAACCACCUCCGGCGUCAUCAGAACCAGUUGUGCCAACAGAGACCGAGACAGAAAAGAAAGACCUCCCACCACUACCCAAGAACCCCAGGCUAGAGAAGCACAUCACCACACUGUAUGCCCUGGUUGAGACGGAAAGCUUGUCCAUGGAGAACACAGACGAGGCGGUGAAUGAUUUCGAUGAUAGGAUAAAGAGGGGGCAGGGGAAGGCGAAGAUUAUCGAGAGGAUGGUCGGGGAGAAAGCAAGCGGAGGGGAGGAGGCAGGGACAGCAAGUAAGGGGGUCACCGUUUGA